AUGUUAUUGAGGGACCAGCUUAAGGUUUUACUUGAUGGAGUGUUUGAGUUGAAAGAAGAAAAUGGUAUUGAGAUAUUACCAAUUUUUUAUACUCUUCCCUUAAGAAAGGACUAUCCAGAUUACUAUAGGAUUAUUAAGAAGCCGCUAAGUCUGGCUACGGUGAAGAAGAAGUUAAAUCACUAUAAAGAACCGCAAGAAUUUGUUAACGAUUUGGUUAGAAUUACGUGGAAUGCUAGGACGUACAAUACGAAAGAGUCAGAGAUUUAUCAUUAUGCUCUAAUAAUGGAUCGGUAUAUUAAAGAGACGAUUAUUCCUCAGAUUGAGAGGACUAUAGGGCAUGUCAAGUAUCCUUAUCUAGGGCCUCUGCCGGAUGAACAGCCGUUACCAGGGGUUCCUGUGGUUGAUGAAGAGGAGGAAGGGUCAGGAGUAGUAGGAGCUGGGGGGGCAGGAGGAGCAGGGGGAGCUGCACGAGCAUUGGAAGGAGGAGUCGGAGGAGGAGUAAGAGGGGGGUUGAAUAAUGGUAUUGGUGGUGGUAUUAAUAGCGAAGAAAUCAAAGCUAAUUUAGGAGCAGGAGUGGGAGCAGGAGCAGGAAUAGUAGCAGCAACAGGAGCAGCAACAGGAGUAAGAAUGGAAAUGGAGAAGGAUGAACCUUUGAUUCCUGAUACUGCUGAAGAGGAAAGGGAUGUAACGGCUGAUGAAGAAGAGCCAGAGGCUUCAAUGGUGCCUGAAUAUGAUGAUGAUGAAGAGUACAUGGAGGAGAAAAAGCGUACUCCGAAGCUCAGAAUUCCCGUUAUGACUACUCAGACUACAUCAACGAUUAGCAAAUCUACAACGCCGCAGCCAUCUUUUCAGCGGCACCAGGCUCAAAAAACACAUAUGAGACGUGGUAGGCCUCCUGUAAUUGAUCUACCAUACGAGCAGAGGAUCAAAAACGUUUUAAAGAACCUAAAGAGAGAGACAUUGUCUGGAUCUAGAGAAUACCUGACUUCACACUUUGACAGGUUACCUGACGAAGAAAGAGAACCUCAAUACUACACAGUAAUAUCAAAUCCACUUUCUUUAGAUGAUAUUAGGAAGCGUGUAAAACAACGGAAAUACAAGGAUUUUCUUGCUUUUCAACAAGACAUUGGUUUGAUGUUGAACAACUAUAGAAUGUACCACAGAUCACAGCCUCAAGAAAUUAGGCGAGCCGCUGAAUUUGAAGCAAAGUUUAGUGAUUUUGCCAAAUAUGAAUUAUCUAGACCAGAUGAAGACUUCAUGACUGAUGGUGAAUUAAAAUACCCUCUUGACCAUAUUGAGUUGGACGGCAAGACAUAUAGGAUUGGUGACUGGGUCUUGUUGCAUAAUCCAAACGACGAGACAAAACCAACAGUUGCCCAGAUCUUUAGACUAUGGCACACAAAUGACGGACGGCGUUGGUUGAACUGCUGUUGGUAUUUGAGGCCUGAACAGACGGUUCACCGUGUGGACCGUUUGUUCUACAAAAAUGAGGUUGUAAAAUCUGGUCAGUAUAGAGAUCAUCUGGUAGAGGAGAUUAUUGGGAAGUGUUAUGUUUGCCACUUUACCAGAUACCAACGUGGCGAUCCAGAUUUGGUGAUAGAGGGACCGUUAUUUGUGUGUGAAUACAGGUAUAACGAAUCUGAAAAAGUUUUCAACAAAAUUAGAACCUGGAAGGGUUGUUUGCCAGAAGAAGUACGUGAUGUUGAGGAACCUACAAUUCCAGUUAUUGGCAGAAAAUUUUUUAAAUAUGAAUCGCCGAUCAAACAUUUACUGCCCCCAAAUGCUACUCUCAAUGAUCCAAUUCCACAACCUACAGAGGGUGCUGUUAAUGCCCCUCCGUUAGUUGGUGCAGUAUACUUGAGACCCAAGAUCAAAAAAGAUGACCUGGGUGAGUAUUCAACUUCUGAUGACUGUCCGCGUUACAUAAUAAGACCAGGUGAUCCUCCAGAAGUGGGGAAGAUUGAUCCAGAGACUGGGACUAUAAUCACAAACUCACAGACUGCCAGUGUUUUGCCUAAAAUGAAUAUGUCCACCCCUCGUUUGUCCUCCCUGAAUCGCAAUGGUAGUUAUUCAAAUUUAUCCGGAAGAACCAGUAGCUCCAUAAAUCUCCCCAGAUCUACGCAAUACUUCCCCCCUGCUCCAAACGGUGAUAUCAGAUCGCUACCAAUUGUUCAACAGGUACCGAAGGUGGUUAUACCUUCUGCACAGGCUAGUGUCAAGGGGAAUCUACCAGCGUCUCCUGUAGCAGGUACAGGAUCAGCCUCAACAGCAGCUUCUGCCGGCCCAGCACCAUCAUACCAACCACCAUCGAUUAUCAACAACCUCGCCGCACAAGCUAGAACAAAUAACACCGUUCUCGGCAACAUCGUCGUAGAUACACCAAGCGCUUACGUCCUGCCCCUAUCCAUCACAAAGAAUGUAGAGGUCCUACAAAGAACUGACUACAACAACCAAAUGAGGAGACUAGGAAAGGACCAGGUACCCAAGAAAAGGAAGAAUAAAGGAGAAGUACUUUGGUUUAAAGGUGCAAGUGUCGUGUGUUACGAAAGAUUAUUAAACAGUGGUGGUGAUACUGAAAUCCCUUUGAAUAGAUGGUUUAAGAAGAAGCGGAAGAUGGAAUAUGAAGAAGUUGAUGAGGAAGUUGGAGAAGGUACUCAAGUUGAAAAUGGCUCAACGGAAGAUUAUGAUGAUUCUCAGAAUGAACAGUCUGAUCUCCCGGGCACAUUCCCAAUGGGUUUAAGACCAAGCGCCAAAUUCAUGUCCUAUAGAAUUUCGAUCACCCAGUGUUGA